UUCCCAUCUUCCUGUACCGCAUUCUCUUGGUUCGCAAAAAUCACAAUCGGAGCGCUCCCUUUUUGUGUUGUACCAAGCUUUGCUUCGAUUCAUCCUUAAGGGGGUUCAUAUCUUUGCUAGGUGAUGGGUUUGUGGACAUUGCUAGAAGGCUGUCUGCUUCUUGCAAAUGCACUGGCAAUAUUGAAUGAGGACCGCUUUCUUGCACCUAGAGGGUGGAGCUUCCAGGAAUUUUCAGGGGUCAAGAGAAAUUCAUUUAAAGGACAGCUAAUUGGUCUCAUAUACGCAACCCAAUACUUGAGAGUUCUACUAAUUAUGCUCAACUCCCUUUGCAUUGUUGUGAAGCUAGUUUCUGGAUGAUCAUCCUGGCGUUUCGUGAUGUUUGACUCUUUAUACCAGGAGUCUGCAAAAAAGGAUACUUUAGAAAGCACCAGAACAUACUUGUCCGCACAGCAGGAUGUUAUAGAAGAUUACGUUUGGUUAUCAUUGUAAGAUUAUCAUCAGGUUCCCAAGCUGUAGGAAUGUGAAAAUGUCAUGAAUACAGAGAUUGCUUGUGUGUUGUUGAACCAACCUUAUUUAGAGUUCCAUUUGAUUUAGGUUGCUGCA